AUGGAGUAUUCAGAAAGAUUGAUAUCGGCAUCGGAUACCGGCGUUACGACGUUGAAGAGAAGCAGUAGCUCGUACCCGAAUCUGAGACAGGAUGUGCGGAAGAAUGAUAAUGAAGAUCGGUUUCGUUUUUAUGAUGAUUUCGAGUUAAACAGGUAUCGAUCUUCGACGAAUUGUCGUGAUCAAGUUCAUGAGCUUCGUAGGAGGUGUAGAAGUGACUUUGAAGAAUGUGAAACCAAGAUCAUUCCUGUUGACACUUUUGUGUCUCCACCACUUCCGGCGCCGUCUCCACCUCCAGCUUCCCGCCAUAAACCAAGACGAACUUAUCAAGCCGAUGGAGAGGAGAAGGUGAAAGAUCAAGCUGAUCAAUUCAAACAAAUAAAGUCUUCACUGCCCGUAACACCGCCCCUGCCGCCGCCGCUAGUUGAAAUGGGAAAUAUAGCAGAGGUAAAGCAUGAGAAAUUGGAACGACGAAGAAGUAAUCCAAGCAAAGAAAUAAAGAUGGUUCUUGAUUCAUCAAGGAAGAAAAAGAAGAAGAUUAAGUUAAAGGAUCAUAAUCAUCAACAAGAAUGCCCCUUGCACUCGCCACCAGCUCAUUAUUCUAUUAUACCUUCCCCUCCUUCCCCUCCGUCUCCACCACCGCCGUCGCUUCCAUCCCUGGUCUUUCAAAAAUACGAUCUCUUCAGAAAGUGCGGCAAAAGCAAACAAAUUCAUUCAGUUCCAACGUCAACGUUUUCUUUAUCAAUACGGUUAUCAAAACAAAACACUGAGAUCCCACCACCACCACCUCCGCUGCCACGGACCCCGCCACAGUCUAAACCACCACCAUCAGCACCGCCACCUGAACCUUCAAGGAGACGAGUCACGACCGACAGCGGCAUGCCGCCAUCGCCGACAUAUGUAAAUACUAACAGUUAUUGCGAAGAAAAAAUGAACAACGGUGGACAGUUACCGUUAAUCCCGAUGCAGCCGCCGCCACCACCACUGUCAUUUAAAAUAACACAAAUAUUUGAGAAAACUGAUAUUGAUGUUUCAUCAAGCAAAGAUGAUGUGGCAACGGACAGCAUGAUGGAGGAUCCUGAUGUUAAUGUUAAAGCUGAGACCUUUAUCGCGAGGCUCAAGGAUGGUUGGAAACUAGAGAAAAUAACCAUGAAAGAUAAGCUAAAUCAUAUAACAAGCUCUUAG